CUACAGUGGAUCCCCAGGAUGCUGAACAUUACGCUGUUUCACCUUGAGUAAUUCCAUCAUCCAAUCAACAGUUUUAAGAAAUGACUUUAUCCAUUCAAAACUGGCUAAAAAUGGUCACAUUUAGACAGAAAUCACGUAAUUAAAUGCUUUAAAAUGCAGACUUUGUAGAUAUGUACUUCAACAAAUGAACAAAUGAUCUGUUUGCCAUAACAACAACAACAACAACAAUGAUGGUAUCCUUUUUUUAUUUUAGUACAGUAAAAUUAACAUUUGUGACUGCACAUGGCUCUCACUCACUGUAAACAGGAGUAUACAGGAGUGAGCCAUCUCGUUGCUGUAAAACAUCUUUGCUGUGAGCACGACUGUAGUACAGUUUGUUCUCACUGCUGAGCGUCUCUCCCCUUGGUGCUGCAGUGGCAGUUGUUUACUUGUCGUUUCAGUCGCGGCUGCUGCAACAGUCACUGUCACAGAUGCCGCGGGCUUGAGAACGGCCGUGGGUGGCUGCCGGGGCAGUAAAUACACACUGACAAACGAUGCAAACAGCCCCCAGUACACCGUGGCCAGAGGCAUGUCACAUUUGACCUGCCCGCUGCUGUGCCGCUAGCCUGUCAGCUAAAGUUAGCUACCGACCGCUAGCUCAGCUGCAGCUAACGGUCAGCGAGCCGUCCAGAAUGAUAAAGUUAAGCCAGCAGUCACACAAAACUUCACGAAAAGACGAAUAACAACACCAGCCAGUGCCAAUUGCUGAAAACGACACGGUUUAACCGCCGCAGUAUUUGGAAAACUUCUCGACUCUCAUGCGGACUUUACCAACAGUUUCCACUCGCCGUUUGGACAGGGUUAACGGUAGUAUCAUUAGCCGGCGUCGCUGCAACCGCCCAGUCAACAAACAGGAAUGUUGCUGUUCGGCACAACACGCCUACUCGGAAGAGGGAAAACUUUGCUCCGUGAUCCGUUUAAGAGGAUUUGCGGAAACAUGUCGUCCACCUCUCUAUCAGGUAAAAGACUGCGGGUUCUGGUUGACAUGGACGGGGUCCUGGCGGACUUCGAGGGGGGUUUUUUGAAGAAGUACCGAGCCAGGUACCCGGAGGAGCCCUACAUCUCCUUGGAUGACAGGAGGGGGUUUUGGGUGUCAACGCAGUAUGGGCAGCUGAGGAGUGACCUGUGUGAAAAAGCCAUCAGUAUAUGGGAGUCCAAAAACUUCUUCAUGGAGCUGGAGCCCCUGCCAGGUGGAGUGGAGGCAGUCAAGGAGAUGGCCAAGAUGGAUAACACAGAUGUCUUUAUUUGCACCAGCCCUAUAAAGCAUUAUAAACACUGCCCAUAUGAGAAGUAUGCUUGGGUGGAGAAGCAUUUGGGCCAUGACUUUCUGGAGCAGGUCAUCCUGACCAGGGACAAGACAUUAAUCUCUGGAGACAUACUCAUCGAUGACAAGCCAGACAUUCUAGGCGUGGAGCCCAAACCAGCGUGGGAGCACAUCCUGUUUACCGCCUGCCACAACAAGCAUCUAUCCAUCAGCUCCUCCCAGAAACGUCUCCUGUCUUGGUCAGACGACUGGAGGGCCAUCCUGGACAGCAAGAGGCAGUGAGGAUCUCAUACGCACAAGAGUCUCUCAGUGGCCUGGCUCCCCGGUGAGCUGAAGCUUCUGGGGGGUCACCGCCGCAACACCAACAUCAUCACCACACCGGUGGGUGUUGUGGGUGUCAGAGGGGUCGCUGUCUUGUGGAGGCACUGCCACAGUUCUGAAAAAGGAGGGAGAUCAGAUGUUUUACACAAAGCAGACACUCUGUUGCACUCUAUUGGGAGAUGACAUUCACUUUUUUGGGCCACAAGGGGGUAGUAUGAGACUGAGCGUGAAGUCGCGUUGACAACCGAAUGUCCACCUCUUUCACUGAAACAGCUGUGACAACAAAACAAAUGAACACAAGGACAAAAUUAUUCAAAAUGGAUACACGGUAAGUCAAAAAGAGCAGACUGGACUUGUAGUCAGCUGCUCUCUGUCUGCAUCCUGUAUGUUGAUAUCUUUGGGUUCUCACUGUGGACAUUUCCCGUUUGAACAUCAAACAAAUUUGAACCACUGGAGAGUUUCAUCUGCGGUCUUCUUCACAAAAGGCUUAUCAGUAGUUCUCAGUACUGUGUUGCAUUAAUGAGUCAGUGGACCGUGAUUCACUCACACAACGACAGGGCACUCCACUACACACCAAAAAAAAAAAAAAAAGACAAAAAUAAUCGCCAUGAGUCGCAGGCACUGACGCUUAUGUGCAAUACAUAAACACAGGAAAGUGACCUGGACGUACAGACACUGUAACUGUUUUCUUAGCUCACUAUUUUGCAUGUACUUUUUGGUAGUAUACCACACCACUGUCAACAAUGUAAAUACAAACACAUACAGAGAUACCUCUUAAGGUUUUUAAAGAGUUCAUAUGGGUAAUAUAUAUCGGUGCUUUUUUUUUUUAAACCUGUUUCCUUUAUGUUUCACAAUGAUCUAUGCAUCUUAAUUAAUAGACAGAUGAGAAAAAAAAAUUAGCUGAAGCCUGAGAAUCGCACACAUACACAUGCAUGUUGCCAAAACCAUCACUAGUGUACAUAGAAUAACAGUCACUGAAAAAUGUGUAAUGGUUAAGAAAUUUAAAAGAAUAAAAAGGUGAGGUUUAUAGAAAAAAAUGAAGAAAAAGACAUGAUUUGUAUUGUUAGAUGCUUUUUGUUUUUAUAUGCUCUGCUUUCACACAGCCAGUCAAACAAUUCAGAGCAUAUUUUAUUUGUUUUUUUUUUAUUGCUAUCAGUCUAUUGUAAAUACACCAAAAUGAGAAAACAUCAGUACAUAUACUUGUCAGUAUAUGUCAUAAGCCACCACCCAGCACUGGCAUCUGUUAGAAGUCAUAUUCCUCACUACACGUGUGUAAGUUAUGGUCUUGAACUUUCAGACCCGUCUUUUUCUUAUUUAUAUUUUCUCCUUUUAGCUCGUUUACAUGAUCACAUUACAUCAGAUAUAAACUAAGUUAUUGCUUUCAGAAACUCUUGACUGGCAGAGCACCUCCACAACACAAUGAAAUCUUUUGUGGACUGAAAAUACAUAUUGAUAACAUACACAGUUUAUCCACAUUUUCAUGCUGAGUCACAUGAGCCACAAAAUGGCAUUUGUCUGUUUCAGCCAUGUACUGCAAAACUCCUCAUCACUAGCUUCUCUCUGAGUUGUGGAAAAUAACUUUGUCUCAUUCAGGAUGUUUAUUGUUCUGCUUGGUGUCACUUCAGACAUACUGUAUUUUGGCUAUUUCUGGCAGGCCACUUUUGAUUUUGCCUGUUGCUGCUAAUGUGCUUUUUAGGAACAAGGCAGUGGAUCCUGGACAUGUGUAAUGGAAGAUGUACUUAGUGCUGAAUGCUGUUGUUGUUGUGCCUAGUUUGAUGUACAAAUUCAGACUUAUUUCUGUCCAUGGGAUGUUUUAAUACUGUGUUUUGUUCCACCUCACUUAAAACACGCACAAAGAAAUGAAUAACAGGAGGGCCAACUCACUUUUAAUGGUCUUCUUUUUUUGCAUACAAUUAAAGGUGCAUUUUAUGUUAUUUGUUUGUUUUUACACUUGGCUCAUUUAGGUUCACACUGCAAAGAAAAAAAAAUCACAUGAACUCACAAAAAGCUUGAUGAAAGUUUGGUGGUUUUAAAUUCUUGCAGUGUGGGAGAGUUUGACUAAAAGAUGGUGAACAUGCUUCUUUGUGCUCUUUGUUGUAGUUUCCUCUGCUGAUCAGAUCAGUUCAGAAGACAUAAGGAAACGGCUGAAUCUGACUUGGCCCUCAGUCUAUUUUGUUAUAACAGGAAGUACACAAACUACUGGUUAUCAAAUAUCAACAUCUGCCUUUUUACACACCAUGAAACCUCACAUUUGGGUAUUGAUGUCUGCCACGUGUUCUGAGUACAUUCUCAUUUGUAAUUAAACUUGUCACAGUU